AUGGCGAUUGAGGAGCGGGAGCGAUCCUUUGGGAGAUUCAUUGAGACAUGGGGAUGGCAGGAGGUGGAGGGCCUCACAGAGGGCGGCCCCACAGAGUACACGGUCGCCCAGGGGGUUUGCUUUAUCAAGCCUUCGGAGGACCCCAAGUCCACAAAGAUCCUGAAAGCCAAGCGACCUGUUGGGCUGCCCGGCUGCAAUUCAGGGACAACAUGGAGAGGCCCUCAGGGCGGUCUUUGGGCAGAGGUUGACUGCGCACGGUCUCCUGGAGAGAUGGGCUGGGUACUGGUCGAGGGCCCAGGCUUCGGCCUCCGCGGCCCCUGCUUGAUCGACCCAGAAGCGAACGAUGGCGCAUCGCAGAUGAUCCACAUCAGGUGGCUCAAGGACCCGCCAAUCUUCAACUGCAUGAUGCCAAAGAGCGCAACCAUCGGCGAUUUGGUGGACACGUUCUGUGCAAGAACAGGGCUGAACCGCAAGGAGACCAUCCUCACUAAAGGCUUGCCAAGCAAAGCACCAAACGGGUCUGGCGCGCUGCUUCCUGUGGACUACACAGAUCCCAAGGAGAGGAUGACUAUUGAGGAGGCGCAGAUUCGGGACACACUGAAUUUGGUCUACGUGGGCCAUUUUGAUGAGGAUUAUAAUCCAAGCUGA